GGCUGAACUAGAAAAGCCUCGUCGCAUUUGCUUAGCACAGGAAAAAAAAAAAAAAAACCCAGGAAGAAAGAGAGAGGUUUAGCCCGCAUUUCAGCCGAGACCUCUCCGUUCCCAAUCGUAGUAAGUAUGAAGGUGCGAGCAUCAGUGAAAAAGAUGUGUGAGUUCUGCAGAACUGUUAAGCGUCGUGGACGUGUGUAUGUACUAUGCACUUCCAACCCUAAGCAUAAGCAACGACAAGGCAUUUCCACAUUUGCGUCUGAAGGCGCAUUGCCUCCUACGUCAACAGAAACAAAUGUCAAGCAUGCAAUUGUGCCCAGUCACAGCAUGCGGCCAGGACUAGCAUCCCUUCUUCCCAAAAGGCAAGAACCUUCAUUGAUGCUUGGAUGGAGGGCUAACCUGGCAUCUCUCAUAUUCAAAUCAGGAUCUUAGGGGGAACCAAAAAAAGAGAUAUUACUGUUGCGAACUAGAAAUUUAACUGAUACUGCUGAAUCUAGGAUUCUCUGAAUUUUGUUUUCAGUUGCAAUUUAUUUAGUGAAUAGUGAUGGUAUAUUUGGAACUUUGUUUCAUCAUGAUGCUGUACUUAUUGUUGCUGUCCUAAAACAUCUGUUGGAACACAGAUAGAGUUGAAAUGGCAGUGCCAUUGACUCUUUGGUGCUUGGGCUGGCAUUUAGGUUCGCACUGUGGGGUGCAUGAAGGUAAGAACCAAGAGCUGCUUUGGAAAUUGAGAAAUUGGUAAGAGUGUUCUGUAACCGUUUCUUGCAGUAGAGAUCUUGGAGCUCUUUCUCCUUCGCUAUAUUCAUCUGUUUAAGGAAAGUAAAAGCUCGAAUCCUGCGUUUUCUUUC